GCGCCGUCAGUGUUGACAGGUUAGCAGAAGCAUUCACUUGAGAAGAACGUGUUCUCGAAAGGGCUCAUUUGGCUUGUGUAUGUGACGAGAAAUGAUAUAUAGAAAAAUAUUACACUUGUAUAUGAGAAUCAUAUAAAAAGUAUAUGUACUUUGAUUAUUAGAAUAAAUUUUUUUGAUUGUUAUAAUAUCAAAAUCAAUUAUCAUCGAUCAAUUAACGAGUAGUUAAUAGCGAUUAUACGUCGAAAAAUAGUUUUCCAAACAGCGACGUAUGUAUAUGAAUUUGUGCGCGUAAUAAUCAACAAUUAAUCGAUCCGAAAGCUACGCAAACUUGUUGAAGAGCGUAAAAUCUCGAAUAGAAAAAUGGAUUAUUCUUAUUUCAAGACGGAAAUCUCCAAACGCAGACGGCCUGCUACAACGCGGGAGCUAACUAAAAUAGCGUAUUCUGCGCCAAAAAGUACCGUUUCCUUGGCAGAGGGAAUGCCCAAUGAAGAAACAUUUCCAUUCACGGAAAUCUCGGUUAAACUCUACGACGGCUCAUCCUUCAUUCUCGACAAGAGCGAAUUAGGCGCUGCUCUCCAAUAUAUACCCACGCAAGGUUAUCCUCCUCUCGUGCAGGCCCUGAGGGAAUUCCAGAGAAAGGCACACGCGCCUCCCUUAUGGGAGAGUCGCGACAUACUCAUCGUUUCGGGGUCUCAGGACGGGCUUAGCAAGACUCUAGAGGCUAUAAUCGGUACUGGUGAUCCGAUUUUGGUCCCCGACCCCUUCUAUCCUGGCGUCGAAAUUGUGGUAGCGCCUCACAAAGCGGAGCUUGUAAUGAUCCCGCAAGAUGACGAUGGUCCCAUACCGGAAGUACUUAGGGAAACUCUAAGGAAUCGCGUGUUUUCCGGUGCAAAAAUGCCAAAAAUAAUGUAUAUAAAUCCUACGGGCACAAAUCCUACUGGCAUCAUUAUACCUCUGGAACGACGAAAAGAGAUCUAUAGGAUAGCUUGCGAAUAUAACUUCUUGAUCCUCGAUGAUGAUCCUUAUCAUUUUAUGCAUUUUGACAAGGAAGAUCCAAAAUCAUUUUUAUCACUUGAUACGGAAGGUCGAGUGAUUAGAUUGGACUCAUUCUCGAAAGUGAUCAGUAGCGGUCUCAGAAUUGGAUUUAUCACCGCGACAGCUCCGCUGAUAGCUAGUUUGGAGCUUCACCUGCAGAGCAGUCAUCUUCAUGCUCCUACCUUAUCUCAGGUGAUACUGUACAACCUACUAAAAAUCUGGGGUUAUGACGGUUUAAUGCAGCAUUAUGUAAGAUUAAGAUAUUUCUACAAGAAUCGAAGGGAUGUUAUUUCGAUGCUUGCACGUGAACAUUUAAACGGCUUGGCAGACUUCAAUGUGCCAAUGGGUGGAUUUUUCUUAUGGAUCAAAGUACGAGGAAUCAAGAAUACAUGGAAAAUGAUAAUGCAGCGAGGUAUUACGGAUGGCGUUAUCAUGGCACCAGGAGCUGCAUUUAUGAAAGAUCCUUCGAAACCUUGUAACGCCAUCAGGGCAAGUUUCGCCAAGGCUUCCUAUGAAGAGAUGGAUCUGGCAAUGAGGCGAUUGGCGCAGUUAAUCCGGGCAGAGUUAGCCGAAAAUUAUUUCGAAAAUGUUAAUACGUGAUGAUACGCAAAUAAUUUUAAACAUGACUACACACAGUCGACAUUGAAAACUACUGUCUACUUUAGUCAGUAUAAUAAAGCCAUAGAAUCGAAAGGCACCGACAGUGCGGAACGACAUAUUAUCGAUUAAGCAAGGUAUAUUGCUAGAAAGGAGCAUACCGAACGUGGGUAGAACCGAGGGAGCUAUGUACAUUUUUAGAACAUAGUCAUAAAUUUCAUCAAAAGAGGACAU